AUGACACAACGACUAACUUAUAGACGUCGUUUAAGUUACAAUACCAGAUCUAAUAGAGUCAAAGUGAUUAAGACUCCUGGUGGUCGCCUUACUUGGCAAUAUGACAAAAAACCUGCUAAAGGUCCUCGCUGUGGUGAUUGUGGGACUAGAUUACCAGGAAUUCCGGCCCUUCGACCACGUCAAUAUAGUCAAAUUUCAAGGCGUCAAAAAUCAGUACAACGAGCUUACGGUGGGAGCAGAUGUUCUAAAUGUGUGAGAGAUCGUAUUGUUCGAGCCUUUCUUAUUGAAGAACAAAAGAUUGUUAAAAAAGUCCUUAAGGCUCAAAAUAAUAAGCCAUCAGGCAAAAAAUAA